AUGUCUCAAGACUUCCCCGAAAUUCCCAUCGAUCCCGAGAUACAGAGCUUCGAUGAUGCUAUGCUGUCGCAGCGCAUAGAAGCGAUCAAGUCCGAGGCCAUGUUUUUGAGACGUGAACAUGAACGUUACCAGAGCAUUAUCCGGGAGGCCACGGGCCUUUUAGAAAAGAAUAGAAGGGACCUAGAGAACUCAAAGCGUUUGCCACUCCUUGUAGCAACAGUCUCAGAGUUUGUGGAGAUCUCAGAGGAUCACUUGAAUCUGAACUAUGAAGUAACUGCCACCACAAAGAAGACCUACGAGCGGCAGCUGAAAAGUCUCAUAGAUCGAGACUCUGAAAGUACAGCAAAGAACACAGAUUCCUCCUUGGAAGCCAUGCUCAAAGAAGAGGAGUUUGCAGACAGUGAUCGUGCCACGCUGGGCCUUGAUGGAGAGGUUACUCAGGCACUUCGAUCAAAGCCUAGCUCGACAGUAACAGAGGGAGUAAUUAUUAAAACAUCUUCCAAAACCUAUGUCUUCUUAGCCUCAACAGGGGCAGUUCCACGCAAGAUGCUACGCCCUACAGACCUGGUGGCAGUCAACAAAGAUACAUAUUUUAUUUAUGAAAAGCUUCCGUCAGCGGUUGAUGCUCGUGUUAAGACUAUGGAGGUCACUGAACGUCCUAUGGACAAAUUUGAAGACCUUGGUGGUAUUGAUCAACAAAUAUCUCAGAUCAAAGAGAGCUUCUUGCUGCCACUGCAGCGUCCUGAUCUUCUUAAGAAAAUUGGCAUCAAGCCCUCUAAAGGCGUACUUCUGUACGGUGUCCCAGGGACUGGAAAGACAGCUCUUGCCCGUGCACUAGCACACGAAGCAAACUGCUCCUUCCUACAAUUGACGGCCACCCAGCUGGUUCAGUUGUAUAUCGGGGAUGGCUCUGCAAUGGUUAUUGAAACAUUCAAUCUUGCUAAGUCGCUCAUUGAAAAGGAGCGCACGCUCAAGGGGAACAUGGAUGCUGGUUGCAUAAUCUACAUUGACGAGAUAGAUGCUAUUGGAGGGCGUCGCUCCGACACAGGUGGCUACGAUCGAGACUCAACCAGGACCAUGCUCACCCUGUUAAACUGUCUGGAUGGGUUUGAUUGUGACGAGCGCAUCAAGGUUCUUGCCAGCACAAACAGGGUGGACAUCCUUGACCCUGCAUUAACCAGGUCAGGUAGGUUCGAUAGAAAGAUAGAGUUUACCUACCCCAACGAGAAAGGAAGAUAUGAUAUCCUGUGCAUUCAUAGCAAGAAAAUUAAGCUCAUAGGAAGAAGUGAUGACCCCGAAACAUGUGACAGGCCAGGUGCUGUUGGUUUGCAGGAAAUAGCCAAGUCCACUAAUGAAUAUAGUGGAGCUAUGCUCAAGGCCGUCUGUAUGGAGGCUGGACUAGUAUGUCUUCGCCGCCACGGAGAAGCCGUUGUGCAUGAAGACUUUGUAGAAGCUAUAAACAUUGUCAGUGGGAAACGCGAAGGAGAGAUGUCUUAUUUCAUUUGA